UUAAAUAAAUAGUGGCAAUGAAAAAAACGAAUUAGCAAAUUAAGUGACGUUUUUAAAUAAAUUAGUGGAAGUUAAGUGUAUUGUAUAGUGUGUAAAUCAAAUUAAGAACGUAAAAGAUACCCCACGAAUAGAAAUCGUAUAAAUAAAUACGAAAAUCGUUACAAAACUGUAUUAAAAUAGAGUUUUGAAUGUUUUUUGAGUUUUGGAUCUCGCCACGCCACUGGUUUUUUGUGUUAGUAUGCUAAUAAUAGUCGGAAUCGAAGCCUCCUAGUAUUCGAACUGCAUCUUUUAUAGCGAGCGGUUUAUUUGCAGUAUUUCUUUUAAAUAAUCUCUAGGAAAGUCUAUUUAUUUAUUUUUUUUGUUCUAGAACUUUGUAGAAUUGUAUUUGCGGUAUAUAAAUAAGUUUAUAUAACGCAGUUAGUAAGUUUUAAAUAAAUAGUGGCAACGAAAAAAACGAAUUAGCAAAUUAAGUGACGUUUUUAAAUAAAUUAGUGGAAGUUAAGUGUAUUGUGAAGCGUGUAAAUCAGAUUAAGAACGUAAAAGUUACCCCACGAAUAGAAAUCGUUUAAAUAAAUACGAAAAUCGUUACAAAACUAUAUUAAAAUAAAGUUUUGAAUGUUUUUUGAGGUAUGUAACUCGCCACGCCACUGGUUUUUUGUGUUAGUAUGCUAAUAAUAGUCGGGAUCGAGGCCUCCUAGUAUUCGAACUGCAUCUUUUAUAGCGAGCGGUUUAUUUGCAGUAUUUCUUUUAAAUAAUCUCUAGAAAAGUCUAUUUAUUUAUUUAUUUUUAUCUAGAACUUUGUAGAAUUGUAUUUGCGGUAUAUAAAUAAGUUUAUAUAACGCAGUUAGUAAGUUUUAAAUAAAUAGUGGCAACGAAAAAAACGAAUUAGCAAAUUAAGUGACGUUUUUAAAUAAAUUAGUGGAAGUUAAGUGUAUUGUGAAGCGUGUAAAUCAGAUUAAGAACGUAAAAGUUACCCCACGAAUAGAAAUCGUUUAAAUAAAUACGAAAAUCGUUACAAAACUAUAUUAAAAUAAAGUUUUGAAUGUUUUUUGAGGUAUGUAACUCGCCACGCCACUGGUUUUUUGUGUUAGUAUGCUAAUAAUAGUCGGGAUCGAGGCCUCCUAGUAUUCGAACUGCAUCUUUUAUAGCGAGCGGUUUAUUUGCAGUAUUUCUUUUAAAUAAUCUCUAGAAAAGUCUAUUUAUUUAUUUAUUUUUAUCUAGAACUUUGUAGAAUUGUAUUUGCGGUAUAUAAAUAAGUUUAUAUAUCGCAAUUAAUAAGUUUUAAAUAAAUAGUGGCAACGAAAAAAACGAAUUAGCAAAUUAAGUGACGUUUUUAAAUAAAUUAGUGGAAGUUAAGUGUAUUGUGAAGCGUGUAAAUCAGAUUAAGAACGUAAAAGUUACCCCACGAAUAGAAAUCGUUUAAAUAAAUACGAAAAUCGUUACAAAACUAUAUUAAAAUAAAGUUUUGAAUGUUUUUUGAGGUAUGUAACUCGCCACGCCACUGGUUUUUUGUGUUAGUAUGCUAAUAAUAGUCGGGAUCGAGGCCUCCUAGUAUUCGAACUGCAUCUUUUAUAGCGAGCGGUUUAUUUGCAGUAUUUCUUUUAAAUAAUCUCUAGAAAAGUCUAUUUAUUUAUUUAUUUUUAUCUAGAACUUUGUAGAAUUGUAUUUGCGGUAUAUAAAUAAGUUUAUAUAACGCAGUUAGUAAGUUUUAAAUAAAUAGUGGCAACGAAAAAAACGAAUUAGCAAAUUAAGUGACGUUUUUAAAUAAAUUAGUGGAAGUUAAGUGUAUUGUGAAGCGUGUAAAUCAGAUUAAGAACGUAAAAGUUACCCCACGAAUAGAAAUCGUUUAAAUAAAUACGAAAAUCGUUACAAAACUAUAUUAAAAUAAAGUUUUGAAUGUUUUUUGAGGUAUGUAACUCGCCACGCCACUGGUUUUUUGUGUUAGUAUGCUAAUAAUAGUCGGGAUCGAGGCCUCCUAGUAUUCGAACUGCAUCUUUUAUAGCGAGCGGUUUAUUUGCAGUAUUUCUUUUAAAUAAUCUCUAGAAAAGUCUAUUUAUUUAUUUAUUUUUAUCUAGAACUUUGUAGAAUUGUAUUUGCGGUAUAUAAAUAAGUUUAUAUAACGCAGUUAGUAAGUUUUAAAUAAAUAGUGGCAACGAAAAAAACGAAUUAGCAAAUUAAGUGACGUUUUUAAAUAAAUUAGUGGAAGUUAAGUGUAUUGUGAAGCGUGUAAAUCAGAUUAAGAACGUAAAAGUUACCCCACGAAUAGAAAUCGUUUAAAUAAAUACGAAAAUCGUUACAAAACUAUAUUAAAAUAAAGUUUUGAAUGUUUUUUGAGGUAUGUAACUCGCCACGCCACUGGUUUUUUGUGUUAGUAUGCUAAUAAUAGUCGGGAUCGAGGCCUCCUAGUAUUCGAACUGCAUCUUUUAUAGCGAGCGGUUUAUUUGCAGUAUUUCUUUUAAAUAAUCUCUAGAAAAGUCUAUUUAUUUAUUUAUUUUUAUCUAGAACUUUGUAGAAUUGUAUUUGCGGUAUAUAAAUAAGUUUAUAUAACGCAGUUAGUAAGUUUUAAAUAAAUAGUGGCAACGAAAAAAACGAAUUAGCAAAUUAAGUGACGUUUUUAAAUAAAUUAGUGGAAGUUAAGUGUAUUGUGAAGCGUGUAAAUCAGAUUAAGAACGUAAAAGUUACCCCACGAAUAGAAAUCGUUUAAAUAAAUACGAAAAUCGUUACAAAACUAUAUUAAAAUAAAGUUUUGAAUGUUUUUUGAGGUAUGUAACUCGCCACGCCACUGGUUUUUUGUGUUAGUAUGCUAAUAAUAGUCGGGAUCGAGGCCUCCUAGUAUUCGAACUGCAUCUUUUAUAGCGAGCGGUUUAUUUGCAGUAUUUCUUUUAAAUAAUCUCUAGAAAAGUCUAUUUAUUUAUUUAUUUUUAUCUAGAACUUUGUAGAAUUGUAUUUGCGGUAUAUAAAUAAGUUUAUAUAUCGCAAUUAAUAAGUUUUAAAUAAAUAGUGGCAAUGAAAAAAACGAAUUAGCAAAUUAAGUGACGUUUUUAAAUAAAUUAGUGGAAGUUAAGUGUAUUGUAUAGUGUGUAAAUCAAAUUAAGAACGUAAAAGAUACCCCACGAAUAGAAAUCGUUUAAAUAAAUAGGAAAAUCGUUACAAAACUAUAUUAAAAUAAAGUUUUGAAUGUUUUUUGAGUUCUGGAACUCGCCACGCCACUGGAUUUUUGUGUUAGUAUGCUAAUAAUAGUCGCGAUCAAGGCUUCCUAGCAAUGGAAAUGCAAUAACAAUAAUUUUAUCUAGUGAAUCUAUCGGUAUAAACACGCAUUAAAAUUUUAACUUCAUAUAUAUAUAUAUAUAUAUAAAACCAACACGCACGAUUCCAUCAUUUGAUCGAAGAUUUUAAACAAUGGACAGGUGGAUUGGACACGUGGCUUUCGUGACAGGAUCUAGUGCUGGAAUUGGGAAAGAAAUUGCUGUGAAAUUGGUUGAACAAGGUUUGAAGGUUGUCGGUUUCGCUCGUAGGAAAGAACUCUUGGAUGAGCUCGAAAAGAAACUCUCCGCCAAGAAAGGAAAAUUUUACGCUUACGCCGGCGAUGCUUCCAAAGAAGAAGACAUUUUGAAUGCUUUCCGAUGGACCAAAGAUAACGUCGGUUCGAUAAGCAUUCUGAUCAACAACGCCGCUAUAUUAGACGUACAUAAAUUAUCAGAAAGCGAAACUAAAAUAUGGCAGCAACAACUGGACGUUAAUGUAUUAGCGCCUUGUAUAACCGCCAGAGAAGCCAUUAAGCAGAUGAAAGAAAAUAAAAUUGACGGGCAUAUUAUAAAUAUUAAUAGUAUUGCCGGUCAUAAGAUAACUCAAAAUUUUCAAUUGAAUUUAUACGGCAGUACCAAACAUGCUCUAACUGUACUUACCGAAAUAUUGCGACUUGAACUUGCUCAACAAGGAUCCAAAAUCAAAAUAUCGAGCGUAAGUCCGGGCGCAGUUAAAACAGACAUGUUGGCCAAAGCAGCUUCGUCGACUUCCAUGAGUACGAAUGAUUUUAAAUCAUUAGAACCUGCAGAUGUAGCAGACGCUGUUUUAUACGCGUUAUCAACACCGGCUACAGUUAAUAUAUCUGAACUAACCAUUCAAGUGGUGGGAGAAAAACUUUAAUAUUAAAUAUACAAUUGUGGAGUACCGAUAUUAUAUAAUAUCGACAUAAUUCAUAUUAUUUUACUCGUAUAUUUUCACAAACUCAUCAAUAUUC